UGUUUUGUCCUAUCUGACUGGGAGGGCAGUGCUGCAAAUAGUUGUGUGUGCAACAAUGCUUGGAGCAAUGGCUUUGUAAUUCCUCCAGGUCUAUAUUAUCUUGCAGAUGUAGACUUUCCCUCAUGUGAUUCUCUUUUGGUCCCUGUAACAAUCAAGAAUUAG